UUUGGUUUGACAAAACUUUGAAAACGAAAAUUAAAAUUUUGAAAAAGCCCUAUUCCUAACCGAAGACUUUCUAAUUUUUUUACUAUAAAAGAGCCCUCCCUCAUUUCAAAAUCCUUUCCCCUCAAAAUAUGCCUGAUCAAACAAACGUUACUUCAACAGAACAAAUCCUUACUACUACAACCACCACAACAACAGAGCCGCCUACCACAACAGUUGAGAUGACAACGGGAAAUGGAGAUGGUAUUGAAAGUUUUUUGGAAGAAUUUGUUUCCUCGGAUAUGGGUAUGGCAACUUUGGCUAUUAUUGCUGUUUUUGUUCUAGUCGUUGUUCUGUGUUUUGUUUGGCGAUGCUUUUGUGUUAAGAAACAAAAGCCUAAGAAAAAAUAUAAUGUUCCUGCUAGUUCAACAUAUCAUUAUAAACCACCAAAACCAAAACCCCAAAAGACACAACCUUCAGCAGAUGUUUACAACAAGAAUAAUGCUAGCAAAACAGAUAUGGGCAGCAGCAAAAUUGAUUUUCCGCUUACAAAAUAUUCUGCGUUGCCACCUUCGCUUCUUACUGAUAGUGACAGAGAGAAAUCAGCAAUCAAGUCAACAAUCAAGUAA